AUGCCCUUGCCGAGGCGCCGGUCGUCCUUCCUGGGGCAGCAGCCCUCUACCUCCACGGCCGAGAGCUCGGGGCCGCCCGGCCGCCGGGUGAGCGUCGGAGGCGGAGGGAGCCUGUCGAGACCCCCCGGCGUCUACGUGGGCACCGUCCCCACGGGCGGCGUGAGCAGCCUGGGCACCCGAGUGUCCCGUAGAGCCCUGGGCAUCAGCAGCGUCUUCCUCCAGGGUCUCCGCAGCUCCGCCGCCGCCGUGCCCCUGGCCCCGGGGCUGGAUAAGGGCAGGGGUCUCUCCUACGAAAGCCUGAAUGGCUGCUUGGUGGAGUACAUCGAGAAGGUGCGGGCUCUCGAGCAGGUCAACCAGGAGCUGGAGGAGCACAUCAGAGUCUACCUGGACAAGAAGGCGGCCAGCGUGGGCAGCUGGGGAGCGCUGCGGGAGAACUGGGAGGCCAUUUACCACCAGGCUUCUCGGGUCUCAUAUCUAUUGCAAGAGCCUAGAGAAUCCCACAGGAGAAGGAAAACAAUGCUCUGGGAGCUGAGGAGGGCUCACAGGCAGCAUGAGCAACAAGUAUUCUGUGGCUCCCUGAGGAGGAUGACCCUGAAGAGGACUGCUAAUAUGGGAAGUAGAAUAGGAACUGCCUAAGUGGGUGAAGCAGUCCUUGAAAAUGCUCGUCUCAUGCUGCACACCGAGAACAUUCAAGCCUGUGCUGAAGAUUUUAAAGACAGGUAUGAAAAUGAGCAGCCAUUUAGAAAGGCAGUGGAAGAUGAAAUUAAUUCCCUAUAUAAAGUGAUUGAUGAUGCUAAUUUAACUAAAAUGGAUCUGGAGAGUCAGAUAGAAAGCAUGAAGGAAGAACUAACUUUGCUGUCAAAGAAUCAUGAAGAAGAUGUGAAGGUGUUAUACAAGCAGCUUGCUGGAUCUCAGCUGGAAGAACUUGAUGUUCCCCUGGGAAGUGGCCUGGAUGACAUUCUGGAAAAAAUCAGAAUCCACUGGGAGAGAGACAUUGAAAAGAAUCGUGCUGAGACAGGUGCCCUGCUCCGUACCAAGCAACAGGCUGAGACGAUGGCUGCUGUGCGAACCCAGGAGGAAGAGCUUGUGGAGGGCCUCAGAACCGAGUUCCAUGAAACUGCCUGCAAAAUACAGAGCUUGCAAGCAGAAACCGAAUCUUUGAGAACCUUGAAGAGGGGUCUGGAGAACUCUUUAUAUGACGCCAAGCACUGGCAUGACAUCGAACUGCAGAACCUGGGCUCUGUCAUUUCCAAGCUGGAGGCAGAGAUGGGAGAAAUCAAAGUAGAAACUGAGCAGCAGCAGAGGGAUCGUGAAAAUCUGCUGACUAGCAAACAACAGCUGGAGAAAGACAUUGCUGCAUAUCACUGCCUCCUGGAUGGAGAGCAAAGCAGCUGAUUAUGAAACUCCCAGCCCUCAGAAGACCACUGCCAUUAAAGUAAAAGAUGUCACUGCCAAUUAUGUUCGUGGAAGCUAAAAACCCAUCCAAGCAGCCUGCUUUAUUCAGUUUGAUUCAACCAUCAAAGUAGGUUGUAGCUUGAACAACUUUAUUAGACCCUCUUCAUGUAAUUGCUUUGCUUACAGAUUUCAAUCUACUCAUGUUGUUAAAAUUAUAAUAAAUGAAGAAUAUCA